AUGAAGUCUUUAACUCUGAACGCUCUCUUCGUCCUCGCGGUAACAUACUCGUUGAUCGUUCAGGCACAACAACAGGGCUGUACAUGUGGAGGUUUAGGAUCAGGUACAAAUCCUUGCACUUGUAGCGAGACACUGGUAAAAGCUGCAAAAUUGCCGACACCAACGUAUUAUGCCUCGCCCCAAGACAUCAAUGAUGCUGCCGCUUCACGUACCAGCAUAGACAUAUCAACUGCUACAUCUCAAAAUAGUUACUCUAACUCACAAAGCGUCAGCGUUUCUAAUCCCAUUACAUACAGCAACGUUAACUCUAACUCUCACACUGGUGGUACUUCGAAUGUCGUACACGUUAAUAGUGAUUCUACAACACACAACAGCGCUAACUCUAAUACAUAUAGUAACAGCGGCAGCAGUUCAUCAAGUUCUCCUGUAGCAACUGUUGCUCAUACUGAUAUUAUACCCGUUCCUGAAAGUUCUAGCAAAAGUAAUUCUGGUUGUGGUUGCAAUAAACAAACUUCAGAAUCCAUAGACAUUGACGAUUCGAUAAACUCGAAUGUCAAUGUUGUACCCAGUUUCUCACCGAUUGGCGACUUAUGUUACCCGCUUCCGGUUGAUUCCCGUAGCGGAAAGCUACUGCUAGAGAAAACAAAAGUAACUCCAGCCCAUCCUGGUAAAAUCAUAUGCAACAGGAGCAAUCCGUCGAUUCCUUAUGAAAUUUGUACAAAUGUACAAACUGGAGAGAUCACGAGUAGAGCAAUUACAUCCAGCACUUCUGAUGCAACCAGUGAAUUGGGGAUACAUGGAAAUUCAAACUCUGGAUCCUUUAAUCGACCAAAUUCUGGAAUAUUCAGUUUACCUCCUCUAGCACAUAUGAGUUCAAACACUGCAAGUGGAUACAAUCAACAUACAGGAAUGUCUAUGAGUAGCAGUUCUUCAAGUUGUUUUGAUGAUGACACAGAUGAAGUUCCAGUAGGUUAUUCGUAUCCUGAAAUGCCAGCAGACGCAGUCUCUCUUACUCUCGCGUACAAAAAUCUUCGUGCCCCGAAUGUAAUUUAUAGACAAGGGAAACAGUUUGUACCGGAAGAUAAAUUGUCCUUUGGUCACCGAACAAUGCCAAAUGAUGUGAAAUAUGAGAAACAAAUUCCAGACAUUCCGGAAGAGAAACUAGUGACGGUCGAGAAACCUGUUGUAGAACUUAAACUGGCACCUCCAAGGACUGUUGUCAUUGGUUCUUACGACGAGCGAGAAGAAGCAAAACUCGCGGAACUCGAGGCGAUCGAACGUGAAAGUAUAACGCAAGAAGAAACUGCGGAUCAAGUGGCGGAUAGUCUUCUUACUUACAAAGAUCUGGGUUACGCACCAGUGGGCUCAAUGUAUAUGAAGUCAAGAAGCCAAAACGAAAUGAUCAGUGGAGAUAUUAACGAUAGCGGAGAGGAACCAUGCGGUCCCUUGGGUCCACCAAAACCAGAUUAUGUUCCAGGCGCAGUAUUGAUUCAACGCGAAGAUACCGAAGAUAAUUUUGACAACAUGAAUCAAAUGCAACAGCAAAAUCCUUCAAACUCUGGAUCCUGUCCAUCAUGAUUUAUCAAACAACGUCGAUUUAUCUGGUUCUAAAUCAUUAAA